CCAACUAGCUAUCUACCAAAACUCUCCGAUGAUGUAGCCGCCCCACCACUCCGCCGCUGCCACUGCUACCAUGGGCCACCACCACCGUCGCCUCCGCCCCACCCCCAAGUCCUACACCCUCCCCUCCUCCCCCACCCACUCCUUCUCCUCCUCCCCCGCCUCCUCCGACUUCGAAUUCACCAUUUCCCUCUCCCCCCGCAAAUCCUCCGCCGCCGAUCUCUGCCCCGCCGACGACCUCUUCUACAAGGGCAAGCUCCUCCCCCUCCCCCUCCCCCGCCUCUCCAUGGUCCGCACCCUCCUCCUCUCUUCCUCCUCCACCUCCUCCUCCGACACCACCACCACCACCGCCUCCCGCCACUCCACCGCCUCCACCGACUCCUCCUCCGCCCGCCCCAGCUCCGCCACCGACGACGACCUCAAACACCUCACCCCACCCACCACCACAAAAAAAUCCUCCAAAUACUUCUCCCUCCCCAAGCUCUUCCGCAAAGAUCCCGGCGGCGGCGCCGGCGCCGUCAAGCGCGCCAGCUCCGGCGCCCGGGAAGUCAUACGCAAGUAUUUGAAAAAAGUCAAACCCUUGUACGAGAAGCUCUCCCACAAGCCGCCGCAGCAGCAAAAGACGUCAAGAAUUUCAAGCUUGACAAAUACGUUUACUGUCGCCAAAGACUACAAGAGCCAAGAAAUCAACACGCAAUCAUUUUCGGGCAAUCUGAGGCUGUAUAAUAAGGGAAGAAGCUGCUUCUCUAGUUGCCCGCCCUCGAUGGGGUCGUCGCCGAGCCACAGUAGAAACAGGCACGGGUACGGGCAAAUGGGUCGACCCGGAUCCGGAAUCCACAGCAGCUCGGACACGUCAUCGAUGGAGGAGUUGCAGAAUGCGAUUCAAGGUGCGAUUAUGCAUUGCAAAAACUCAAUGCUUCAGACUUAGAAUUUGGUUAGUAAAUGAAAUUUGAAUUUUUUUUUUAUUAAUUGUAAGGAAAAUUUAGUACGUUUGAUCGGUGUUUGGUUGGAGGUAGAAUGAUGAGUUGAUAUUCUAAUCAACAUGUUUGGAUUAGUAAAUUCCCUAAUUUAACUGAGGGGUUUUAAUUAUGUUGGGUUUGGAAUUUUCUCCUUGUUUGACUACUGAAAAAUUUUAAAUUAUUUACUGUGGCAGUGCUUAUUCGUUUUUAAUAGGCUGUGAUUUCGAGAUUC